AUGUCUUCGACCAAAGUCGAAAUAAUCGACGACGACGACUCUGGAAUUAUGUAUACCGAAGAACCAAAAUAUAAACGUAUGCGUACGGAAGACGAUGAGUCCCGCAAAAUGAGUUUAACCAAAAAGUCAUUCAACCCAAACUGGUUGAAGUUUACCAUGUUCAAAGAUUGGCUGAUGCCUCAUAAAUUGCCAGAUAAAGCUGUAUGCAAGGUUUGUCAUUGUGUAUUGGUUGCUGGAAAAAGUGAGCUUGAAAAACAUUUAGCUACACGUAAACAUGAAAGAAACAUGGAAAAAAUCAAUGGUUCUCCUGCUGAACAAGAUGAUAUUGAGACGUAUACAAUAAUUUCAGGUAGAGUAUCCUACUCGAUAAUUGAUAGGAAAUUGUGUAUUCUAAACUGUCCUUCAACGUGCGUAAUGAUAUAA